AUGGAAACAACAACAGCGCCCGGAUCGCACAACGACGAAGCCAUCGCCACUUCGCCUCCUAUAGUCCCUCAGCGAACUCCUUCCCAGACGAGCCUGCACAAGACAACCCACGUCCAUGCACACCGCCAGAGCUUCGCCGAGAACCUGAGGAACGCACCUGGCUCCCCUCGCGCCCAGCGUCACCCAUCCUUCACCCAAUCUGCUGUCCAGGAGCUCCUUAACCAUCCACCUGCUGCUAGUAAGCAUGCAAACCCGCGCUUCGCCGGCCGCGACUGGCGUGAUGUUUCCGUCAACGAACUCGUCGCCCAGGAUGACUUCAAAUGGGCCACCCUCGACACUAGCGUCGAAGAAGCAUCCAUGACCCUGGUCAAGCAUAGCCCGUCGAACGUCGUCCUCAUCCGAGAAAACGACACAGCCAAGAUCGCCGUCUCGACCUUCGACUAUAAUGACCUCAACACCUACCUGCUGAUCGUUGUCGGGCUAGCAAAGCCAGAAGAGGAGCAGGUCCCGCUCUACGACGAGAUCGUGAACAAGGCUCGCGAUGGCGCCCGCAUUGCCCUGCGUGAUAUUCAGCCUCUUUGCCGCAAAGAGUCGCUUAUUACUCUGCCCUUCGACGAGACAUUGGAACGGGCCAUCGAAGUGUUCGGCAGUGGUAUCCAUCGCGUGCUAGUCACCAGCCCAACGGGCGAUGUGAUCGGUAUUCUCAGUCAGCUGAAGGUCAUCGAAUUCUUCUGGAACGAAGGCAUCAACUUUCCUGCCAUUGAUAGACUGUACCCCGUGACCUUGAGAGACCUCGGCAUUGGAACACAGCAGAUUGUUGCUGUCAACUCGGACAGCUCCUUGGGAGACGCGCUGGCACUGAUGAACGCCGAGGGUCUGACGAGCGUUGCUGUCAUCGACAACGGCAAUAAUGUCGUAGGAAACAUCUCCACUGUAGACGUCAAGCACCUGACCAACGCCGCCGACGCGCCUCUGCUACAAUCGUCCUGCAUGCACUUCAUCUCCGUCAUCCUCAGCGAGCGCGGCGUCGAACACGGCCGCGACUCGUUCCCUGUUUUCUACGUGAACCCAUACUCGACGUUGGCGCACACCGUUGCAAAGCUGGUGGCCACCCAGUCUCACCGUAUGUGGGUUGUCGAAUCGGCAUCCCCGUCCCCGUCCGCACCUGCGACUCCUUUGCUCGCCCCGACACCGUCAACGGUGCUAGUGCCAGGAUCUGGCUCGGCGCCGCAGUCGCCUCUUCCUACACAGACACACACCGCCGUGCCUGCUGCAGCCAUGCCUGGCGCUCAUCUCUCCGGUCGUUUGACCGCUGUGAUUUCGUUGACGGAUAUUCUCAACAUGUUUGCAAAGUCGUCGGGACUACGACCUUCGGAUCCGGGUGAACAGCGUGCGCGCCGUCGCAGAAGCUCGAGCAGCUCCAUGCGCCCCAGUCUUGAUUCGUCCAGAGCAAGCCUUGAUCUGCGUCGGUAA